AUGGCCACCGCCCCCACGUUCCUCGGCGUCCCUGUCGAGAUCCGUCUGGUGAUCUACGAGCUCUAUCUCAUAGGGCAUCGACACGUAGUGAAUAACGUACAGCCAUCUAACAAUCACAUAUGUUUGCUUCGUACGUGUAGGCAAAUCGACCACGAAGCUAGACGCAUUAUCGGCCGCUAUGUCUCGCUCCGCCAUGAGCGUCAGAUAAACGCAUUCAUUUUGCGUGCGGAUGAUUUCUUUGCGGCUCAAGUACUCUGGCUCGACGUUGCCAAUGACGGCCGUGUCCUGACUGCUAAAAAAUCCAAGGACAAGCCAGAGGAAGUAUUUCCGUUAUCAAAUCUACACCUUGCCUUGCGUCGGAUGACUUCUGUCAGAAGUCUGCGUGUUUUUCAGUGCCGCCGGGGCCUACCCGUGAAUGUCGAAAGAUCGACCAAUCUUCGCCUCAAAUUUGAGAUGGCAAUGUACCCCUCGGGAGAUGGCCACCGCUUCAAUUCUUACGAGCUUCAUUUGGACCCGGAAACAAGAGUACGCCCCUUCGAAGUCGUUCCGCCCGAGUGCGUCGAGAAAUUACGCCUAUCAGGAGACUGCCACUUCCCCACCCCGCUGACUACCCCCGCUCUCCGGCAUGUAACACUCUGCGGUGUUACCGGGAAUUUCUUUGACCAAAACACUAUCAGUCAAUCGUUCCCCGGAUCCCGACUCGAAUCAUUCUCUUACGGACAAGGUCACCGACUUGGUUUCGAACUCCGCAAUCAUCAUCUCAAUUCAUUAGUGUCCGUCUCCAGCAGAUAUCUGCGCAAGCUUGUGCUGCUUGGUUGCAGUCGUCUCACUAGUACGGUCGUUGCGUCGUGCCUCGACAACCUGGUCGUAUUGGAAUAUUUCGCAUUUGCUUUGUUAACCGUGCAUGAGUUGCGGCCCGAUUUCGUGCUAUCCUUACCCCCUUCACUUUCGACGUUCAAGCUGCAAGUACGCAAUACCUGGUUUGCCGUUCCUUUACUGACGGAGGAGCGUCAAAUUUGCGACGCUCUGGAAGAGACCGUCUUGCAUCGCUCUAUCCCACUCAGCCGAGUUUGCGUUAAUUUCAGAGACCUCUUGAUGAUCAAUGAGGGUAGGCGGGAAAAGUGGAAUGCGAUUGCAGAGCAGCGUCACCUCGACUUGACGAUUGGGCCUUGGGAAGAUGUAGAAGAUAUCUAG